AUGUUUCAAAAGACGACCUUACCACUUCACGCUGCACCCAGUGAGGUUUCGUCUAGCAGACAGCGCAACAACUUGACAUUGGCUGAUGUUCAGUCUGAUUCCAUUGCUCGCAUUGCCGAGAAACAUUUCAGCAGUUGGGAUCCUCAAGUAGUUGAGAACAUCUUCAAGAACGAAUUGGAGCCAUCUUUGUUCAGUUCUCGUAAAUUGCUCUUGUUGGAGUACUGCCAGUACCUGGAAAAGUUCUUGUGGCCCAACUACGAUGAAAAUGCAUCAUUGAAUCAUGUCUUGUCCAUCUGCUUGAUGGUCAAUGAGAAGGCUCGUCAAAACAUCUCACUUUGGGACGCGUUUGAAUCGGAUACCAGCAAGUUUGCCAGCUUCUUUCAACGUGUUAUCCAUUUGAUGGCUGACAAUCAAUUACCGUUGCUCUUACGCAGACAAAUGUUGGUUUUUUUGAUCCAAUGCUUCCAAAGCUUCGAGAAUAGCACUGUGCGUACAGAAUGUUUAAAGUUGGUGACCAUCGGCAUCUGGAGUCACUUGGCGCAUCAAGGCAAACGAGAAGAGAUGUUUAGCGAGUAUCCUGCGCUCGAGAAACUGUGGAAAUCCAGCAACAAAAAGAUGGUCGCUGCCAGCGAGGAAACCAGAAGACAGAUGGAAUUUGAAAGAGAUUUUUUGAGCACGCUGAUGAGAAACUAUGUAGAUUUAGUGUACAAGAUUACUGCAGAAGGAGAAGCCGACCAAGAGUUGAUCAAGACAGCUGAACGUUACUUGGAAUUCUUCACUGAUUUGGAGGCACAGUUGCCCACUCGUCGAUUCUUCAACACUUUAUUGGACGAUCAUCAAGUUGUCGUGUUGUCUCAGAUGGCACCUUUGAUGCGCAGAGCGGAUAAAGAUGUGGAUCUUAUCAAGAAAUUGUUGCAGAGACUCGAAUUUUACUCUAAAUUUGAAAUCAACGAUCAAACCGGUGUGGCAUUGACAGAUCUCGAGAUGACUGAAGCACACUGUCAGCAACUGAUUCAGUUACAACACGUCGCAUUCCGCCAUUUCAGAGAAGAGAUCAAAGAACUCCCAUUAGCCAACUUAGCCUCCAUCGAAACACGCCAAGACCUUCUGUGGCACUUGGAGCCUUUGUCAGAGGACGUCUUGACCCGUCUUUGCAACUUGCUGAAUCUUCGCAGCGCACCUUUAGACAUCACCAUUGGCAUCGACACCAAGGAAUUCUUGAUCAAUGUCCUUAUUUCCAAAUAUCAAAAGAGAGCAAGCCAGAUUGAAAGCAUCAACAACCAACCCUUGUAUCCUGAUGAAAACACACUGUUUGAUGACAGCCUCGUAUCAACACAAUUCUACGCCGGUGAUCGUUCUCUCGCUUUGCCCAAAUUGAACCUUCAGUUCUUGACAUUGUUUGAUUAUUUGCUUCGAAAUUUCACCUUGUUCAAAUUGGAAAGCUCGUAUGAAAUUAGACAGGACAUUGAAGAUGUAGUGAAGCGUAUGUCGCCCAGACUGACAUAUCCUGACCGCAAAACUGAGUUUGCAGGAUGGGCUCGUAUGGCAGUACCCGUUCAAGAUUUCAAUAUUGUGGAUGUUGGAGAGGCCAAUCUUGGCGAAAGCAAGCCUUCUCGUGUUAGAGCUGAUGUUGGAUUUGAUGUUCAAAAGUAUUCUCAAAACAUCCGCAACGAAUGGGACAAUUUGCGCAAACACGAUGUCUUGUUCUUGUUGACCAUUGAAGCCACUGAGGAAUCAUCCCACAAAUUAAAAGACGACGAGGAUUUCAGACAGCAUUACGGGAUUCGACAUGUGCGUGGCUGUGAGAUUGUGGAUAUUAUUGGCGCAGACGGUCGUGCCAUUGAUGAAGCCACUCAUUUUACACCAGAACUAAAGCAGGCCAGAUGGAAGGGAUCUCGUCGCACACUUCGCGUUGAAAUGGACGCCAAUCAGUACAAGAUGGACAUGGACAAAUUCAACACCAAGCAAGCUGGAGACAUUCACACCACAUUCAACGUGCUCGUGCGUAGAAAGCCUCAAGAAAACAACUUUAAGUCAGUUCUGGAAACCAUCCGUGAUUUAAUGCAAAGCGAUCUUGUGGUGCCUGACUGGCUUCAAAAGGUCUUUUUGGGCUACGGUGAUCCUGCCAGUGCCCACUAUAAAAAGAUGCCAAACCGUGAACACAAGGUCAACUUGUGCGACACAUUUAUUGAUUUCGAGCAUUUAAAGACUUGCUUCGAGGGCAAGCAAUUAGACAUCGUUGGUCAAGAGCCCCUGGAACCACCGUAUACCAUCACAUUAGUGGAAGAUUCCAUGGAUCAAGACAGUAAACCCACCAAAAAACAUAAGAAAUCCAAGCAGCAGCAGCAGCCAGCAGUCGCCAAACCAGAAACUCUGCAAGUAUCUUCCUACAAGCUACCCAACAUGGGUCCUUAUCCUCAAGAUGUUCCCAAAAAGAACCGCAUCAGAUACACUCCUGUGCAAGCUGAAUCUAUCUACGCUGGCAUGAACCAUGGUCUCACUCUGGUCGUUGGUCCUCCUGGUACUGGAAAGACGGAUGUCGCUGUUCAAACCAUUGCUAAUCUGUACCGCAAUCACCCUGAACAACACACACUGAUUGUCACGCACAGCAAUCAAGCCUUGAACCAAAUCUUUGGCAAGUUGAUUGAGCUGGAUGUGGACCCCAGACAUGUAGUGCGUCUCGGCCAUGGUGAGCAGGAAUUGGACGCCAAUGUCAGUUUCAGUAAGUAUGGUCGUGUGCUUGCAGCAUUAGAACGUCGUAUCGUACUCCUACAACAAGUGGACUAUCUAUCACAAUCACUGUCUGUGCCUGGUGCACAUGGCUCUACUUGCGAAACGGCCGACUAUUUCUUUCACAUUCACGUACUGCCUCGUUGGGAGUCAUUCCAAUCCACAACAGCUACAGCCGAGUCUGUGCAGCAAGUGCGCGAUGCCUUCCCGUUUGCGCAGUACUUUGCCAAUGCACCUACACCCAUCUUCACCGAGACCAUGACGCCUGCGGAAGCGAUUGAAUCAGCCACUGGAUGCUUCAGACACCUUCAGCAUAUAUUCACACAAUUACAAGAACUCAGACCUUUCGAGCUCUUGAAGUCUGGCCAUGACCGUGCCAACUACUUGGUGACCAAGGAAGCCAAGAUUGUUGCCAUGACCUGUACACAUGCUGCUCUCAAGAGACGUGAAUUGGUGAAACUCGGCUUCAAAUACGACAAUAUUGUGAUUGAAGAGGCAGCUCAGAUUCUAGAGGUAGAGACAUUCAUUCCUUUGCUGUUACAAGAGCCCAAAGACGGCCAAAACAUGUUGAAGCGUGUCAUGCUGAUUGGCGACCAUCAUCAACUGCCUCCGGUGAUCAAGAACUCUGCCUUCCAGCAGUUCUGCCAUUUGGAACAAAGCAUGUUUACGCGUUUUGUGCGUCUAGGUGUCCCUACAUUGCAACUGGAUCAGCAAGGCCGCGCUCGUCCUUGCAUUGCUGAUCUCUACAACUGGCGCUACCACGACUUACAAAACUUGCCCAAGGUGACUGAGGGUCCUUACACCAAGGCCAAUGCAGGAUUUGCGUUUGAUUACCAGAUGAUUGAUGUGGGCGAAUAUCAGCAACAAGGAGAAACAGAGCCUGUGCCCUACUUUUAUCAAAACUUGGGAGAAGCAGAGUACGUUGUGGCUGUCUAUCAGUACAUGCGUCUUGUCGGUUAUCCUGCUGAGAAGAUCUCCAUCCUGACAACUUACAAUGGACAAAAGGCUUUGAUCAAGGAUGUGUUGGACCGUCGAUGUGCAUGGAACGCCUACUUUGGCACACCUGCUACAAUUGAUACAGUAGAUAAAUACCAAGGACAACAGAACGACUACGUCUUGCUGUCCCUUGUCAGAACAAAGGCUGUGGGUCACAUCCGAGAUAUCCGUCGAUUGACCGUCGCCAUGUCUCGUGCCAAGUUUGGUUUGUACGUCUUCUGCAACAAGGCCCUGUUUGAGAACUGCUAUGAAUUGGAGCCUGUCAUGAAGCAGCUGAACACGAGACCUUGCACUUUGCACCUUGUAGAUAAUGAAAAGUACCCCUCAGAACGUUCAUCCAACAGCACUGAGCAUGUCAUUGACAUUGCCAAUGUGGAAGACAUGGGUCAAUUGGUGUAUAAAAAGAGCCAAGAACAACUGAAAUCACAAGCAGACAAGCUUGCUCUACAACAACAAGAGGAUGCUUCCAUGGACACGGAUGAAGAAUAA